AUGGCGGAUGUGACACUGCAUAUAUACGAUGUAACGAAUAGUGGAUCGGAGAAAGCCAACAACACCAUUCUUCAGAUCAAUAAGAUCUUCAAGGAUGGUAUUGGUCUUGGUGGCAUUUUUCAUAGUGCUGUUCAGGUUUAUGGAGAGGAUGAAUGGUCAUUUGGAUACUGUGAGCAAGGUACUGGGGUUUUUAGCUGCCCUUCUGGACAGAACCCAAUGUACACAUAUCGUGAAUCCAUUGUUCUAGGGAAAACAAACCUUUCCAUUUUCAAGGUAAAUCAAAUAUUGAGAGAACUCAGUAGAGAGUGGCCUGGAAGUGCAUAUGAUCUGUUGUCCAAAAACUGCAACCACUUCUGUGAUGAAUUCUGUGAAAGGCUUGAUGUACCAAAACUUCCAGGUUGGGUUAAUAGGUUUGCUAAUGCUGGUGAUACUGCCAUGGAAGUUGCGGAGAAUACGGCAUUACGGUUCCGGCAAGCAAAAACAGAGAUUGUAUCAGCGAGCAAAGUGGCAUACAGGUUCCUCCUAGGUGUUACAAACAACGUCACUAACAAUGUUACAAACAACGUUAGAACAGGUCCUGAUUCCCCCAACAGUUCAAACAGUGGAGUAUCUUCCCCGAGACUUCAAGCUUCUUGGUUGAAAAAUAUAAUUACCAAUGGUGCAAAACCAUCCACUAGUUCAGAAGCUGAGAAUCACAAUGGGGUUGCUCCAUUACAACCAACAAGAGAGGAUGACAAGGCCCUGCUACGUAGUUCAUCUUCUCGUAGUUCAUCGUCUCGUAUCGAUAGUUGA